GAGAAAAAUUCCACACAAAAGUCACAUGAUGUUGUACCGCACCGCAUUAUCCAGGUCAUUUUGCCAAAUGUGAGAGGACUAGAAACAUGAGACAUGAAAACAUGAGAGAAGUUUUCACUUUUUAAACAUGAGUGACCUGUUUUGGUGGAGAUAUGACAUUUUGCUGCUGUUCCAUAGUGCUUCACUAAACCAUAUAGAGGAUUUUGCCAAAUACACCUUGAAUUUUGAGAAUGUCAUCUCAGUUUCGAGAAAUUAGCCAAACUAAAUGGAAAAAAAAAUAACUGUAAAUCAACUUAAACUUGUUCAAAAGUUGGGGAUAAUUUGGUUCAAAAUGACUGAGUGUAAGCUGCUCCUGAGAGUGUCUGCCCAUCCCCCAGCUGCAUUUUUUGCAGGGCCAUCCUGCAACAGCUACAGAAAUUUGCAUGCAGCCUUUUGUGCUGUGGAGGAUAAAUAGGUGACUGCUUCACCUAUUUUGUUGACAAGAAAAAAAAUGCAGAGGCUAACCACUCAACAGGCAUUGGAACUGAUCGUGAGCAAGGCCAACCCUUGUGACUCAGAUGGAGAAGACAUAGCCCUUCAACCAGAUUCGGACUCUGAGCUGUCUUCAGAUGAGGAGACGACUCUACCAAAAAAGAGAGCUUGGUUGGGGAGUGAGCUGACAGAGACCUCAAAAGAUGGCACUGUGUGGUGUGAAAAACAAGUGGGGACAUGUCUCCAUAUCACUCCAAUAGAACCUUACGCCGCAGCUGGAGAGCCAACGGCUAAGGCCAAACAAUGUAUCCGGAGUCGCCUUCAGAGCUUCCUCUGUUUUAUCACACUUGACAUGCUUCGAACCAUUCAAGAAUGGACUACUCAGCAUGCACGUCACACGGAGCAGGUGGACUGGUUCUUGGAUCUCCCUGAACUAAUGGCAUUUAUUGCAGUCAUUAUCUUGCGGGGGGUGACCAAGGUUCCAUCACUACGUCACAGCUGGUCAGCAAACCUGGCAAACCCAAGGAUCAUUGCAACUAUGGCCCGAAACCGCUUCCAAGACAUCAUGCGACACUUACGCUUUGAUGACAUGUUCACACGCAGCGAGCGAGCGGAGACCAAUAAGUUUGCUGCAAUCUCCGACGUGUGGGGAUCGUUUGUCACCAACUGCAUCGCAUCCUACAACCCUGGUCAACACAUCACUAUUGGUGAACAGCUUUUCCCAUCAAAGACUCGCUGCUGUUUCCUACAAUACAUUGCAACAAAACCAGACAAGUUUGGCAUCAAGUUUUGGGUGGCUUGCGACUUGAAAUCAAAGUACAUCUGCAAUGUCCUCCCAUAUCUUGGCAAGGACCCUAGUCGUCCCAGUGGGGAGAGACUGUCUGAGAGUGUAGUGAUGAGGCUAAUGGAACCAUUCAUGGACAAGGGCAGAACUGUAACCACGGACAAUUUCUUUACAUCACUGUCACUUGCGCAACGACUGCUUAGCCGGAAAACCACUAUCCUCGGCACAGUCAACAAAAGUCGCCGGGAAAUUCCUCAAUCCGCUAGACAGGUGGACUGCACUGAAUUCACCACUCAGGUGUUUUCAACCACUGGUGUCACACUGACAGUGUAUGCGCCCAAACGGAAGAAGGCUGUAUACGUUCUCAGCAGCUUGCACAGCAAGGUUGAGACUGAAGAUACCACCAAAAGGAAGCCAAACACGGUCACACAAUGUAACAGCACAAAGUGCGGUGUGGAUGUGAUGGACCAAAUGGUGCGGGAGUACAGCGUGCGUGCAGGAACACAGAGGUGGCCAGUCGCCGUGUUCUACAACAUGAUUGACAUGGCAGCGCUGAAUGCACAUGUGCUUUAUCAGGCAUGCAUUGGGGUGCAGGAGAGACGGGUGGACUUCCUGGUUGAGCUCGCAAAAGAGUUGGGUGACGGUCAUGUGAGUGAGAAGAAGGCACGCAAGGAGAAACUGCUUCGGCAAAAACCUUCCACACCCAGCCCUGGCAAAAGGGCUAAGUGUCAGGUCAACCAUCGUUGCACAAACAAUUGUGCAACUGUGAGAUGUGUUGACUGCUACAAAUAUACAUGUGGCAAAUGUACCAGAGUCAUACCCUGGCAGUGCCAGGUAUGUUCCGACAGUGCAGACGGACUGCUGAGUGAGUGCUGAUGCCACUCACACACACACACACACACACACACACACACACACACACACACACACACACACACACACACACACACACACACACACACACACACACACACACACACACACACACACACACACACACACACACACACACACACACACACACACACACCUGCAGCCCCCCCCCUGCAGCUUAGUGUAAAUAUGUGUGAAAUUGUUUUAUUUGUUGUAUUUUUUGUAUAAUUUUUA